GCGACGCGGCGGGCGGUUGGAACUCCGGCUGAUGAUGGCUUGAGCUGCGGAUGUCCGAGCAGUUUCACCCCCACUUUAUCGAAGUAAUAUGCAAUUAGGCGCAUUAUGCUCACUGGAGAAGUGUUACUUUAUACCAGUUCCGACUCGGUAAACUCCUGAGUUGGGUGUUAAACAAUUGCAAGACAGCAUGGCAAACGUUAAAGUUGCCAUUCGGGUCCGUCCUCUCAGCGCAAGGGAGAGUACUGAUGGAGGAAGGCUAGCAGUUCAGGUGGAGGAUAAAUUUGUGAGGAUCCAAAAUGUGAAGCUGGAUGGCCGCACAGAGGGAGCUGUAGAUUCCAGGGAGAAGCUCAUGGAGUUUUGUUUUGACUACUGUUACUGGUCAGUAGACCCUGCGGACCCUCACUACGCCUCACAGGAGGAGGUGUUCCAGGACCUGGGUGUGUCGGUGCUGUCCGGAGCAUCUGAGGGCUACAAUGUGUGUUUGUUUGCUUAUGGUCAAACAGGAUCUGGAAAGACGCACACCAUGAUGGGGACACCGGACUCUAUUGGCCUGACUCCUCGUAUUUGCCAGGGUCUUUUUCGUGCAGAAGAUGCUUUUCCUGAUGGACAGAACUCUAGCAGAGUAGAAAUCAGCUUUUUGGAGAUUUAUAAUGAGCGAGUAAGAGACCUGCUUGGAGGAGGAGAGCAGAAGAAGAGAACCUCCCUGAGAGUCAGAGAACAUCCUGAGAAAGGGCCAUAUGUACAAGACCUGUCACAGCAUGUGGUCUCGGACUGCAAACAGGCCAUGGAACUUCUGGAAGAAGGCAUUGCCAACCGCAUGACUGCAGCGACCCACAACCAUGAUGCCAGCAGUAGAUCCCACGCCAUCUUUACCAUUCAGUACACACAGGCAAUCCUAGAAAAUAAUCUUCCCUCAGAAACUGUGAGCAAGAUUAACCUGGUGGACUUGGCUGGAAGUGAGAGAGCAGAUCCACACUACUGCAGGGACAGACUGACAGAAGGCUCCAACAUCAACAAGUCGCUGGUUACUUUGGGCAUUGUCAUUUCAGCACUUGCCCAAAACUCCCAGAUGUCAAGCAGCUGUCAGAGUAUCAACAGUGUGGCUUCUGAGGGAGAUAGCAGCAUGGUGGGAAGCCAAAGCAGCUCUCUGUCUGGAGGAGGUGGAGGUGGGAGAAGGCACUGCUUCAUUCCCUACAGAGACUCAGUCCUGACCUGGUUAUUGAAAGAUAGUCUUGGUGGCAACUCUAAGACCAUCAUGGUUGCAACGGUCUCACCCUCUGCUAACAGCUACAACGAGACCCUGAGCACACUGCGCUAUGCUGCACAUGCCCGAAAUAUUGUCAACAAGCCUCGGGUUAAUGAGGAUGCAAAUGUUCGACUUAUCAGGGAAUUGCGAGAGGAGAUUGACAGGUUGAAGAGCAUGCUGCUCAGUUUUGAAAUGCAACGUAAUCCCAGUCCAUCCCUGAGUGAUGAGAGGGACGGGAAUCUUUCUGAAAUCGUGCUACAGAACGAACUGAAGGUGGAGCAGCUGACAAAGGACUGGUCAGAAAGCUGGAGAGACAAGAAGGUGCUGUUAGAGCAGUACGGUGUGGACAUCAACAGAGACCGCGCUGGUUUCCUCAUCAACUCCCUUCAGCCACACCUGGUAGCCCUGGAUAGAGACGUCCUCAGCACUGGGGUCGUUUUUUAUCACCUCAAGGAGGGUGUUACCUACAUUGGACCUCAGGACCAAUUUGAAGAACCACAAAUAGUUCUGCAGGGCAGUGCAAGCUGUGAGAUUGAAAACCGCAGGGGUGUUGUAACGCUCAGACCGCUACCAGGCUGCGUCUGCCUUCUUAACGACAGAGAGGCCACCGAGCCCUGCAGACUGGCUCAAGGGACUGUGAUUACCUUGGGAGGAGUGCAUAAGUUCCGCUUCAACCACCCGGCAGAGGCAGCAGUCCUUCGGGAGCGCAGGCGGGCCAGUGAAGGUGGCAUGACCUGCACAAGUGUUGAUUUUUGCACAAAGACUUCUGACGACAGUGCCAAAGAAUUGAAGCAUCCUGAGCAGCUGGGUGCCUGUCUCUCUCCCAGUGAGGAGCCUAGCGUUAGGCAGCGAGUGGAGGAGCAGAAGCUCUACGUGGAAAGUUUGCGACAGGAGAUCCAGGCUGAACAGAGACAGGCAGAGAGAGAGCUGGAAAGGGAGCAGGCCCUUCUCCGACAGCAACACUCAGAGAUCCAGCAGUGGAUUUUGCAGGAGAAACAUCACCUGAAAACAAUCGAACAAAGAGUCACCCGAGAGUCUGGAGUUCAAGCAGACCUCCUACCUGCUCCCCUCCUGGAGAAGCUAACAAGUCAACGGUCCACAGAUCAGGAAGAUCUUAUUGUGAACCGUCCGUCCCUGGUGGUGAGGGCCAGGAAGAAGGCAGUACAAGACGAGCUGCUAAAACAUCAUGCCCUUUGCCGUGCCGAGAGCCGCAUCCGCCGGAAAAAGCUGCAGUACCAGCUGAAGCGAAUUGCCAACAAGCGGCAUUUAUUGGAUGCAAAGAGAGAGUUGCAGCAGCUGGAAAAGACCCUUCCACCAGGACCGGACAGUCCUGAGUCUCCUGAGCUGGGAUCCACCUCAAAGCUGAGAGAAAAAACAUUUGUUUCCCGUAGGCACUCGUUUUCAUCUGAUCUUUUGUCCCGUCUUUAUCCACAACGCACACCUAUUUUCAGACACUUCCUCAAGAGAAACAAAUCCAUUGAACAGACGUCAUCAUCCACAACGUCUGAUUCCAUUGGUAGCAGGAAGUGGGUUUCAGAUGAGUGUCUUCCUCGGGAAAGAACCCAAAGUUGUUCAGGUUCUUUCUUCUCUGGACAAAACCAAUCCUGCCAGAAUAAAGUAAUCUCCUCUAAAAACACCAGACAAAUAGCCAAAGAGGAACCACAAGCUCAGCCAUCUCGACCGGAAAGAAAACCUCUGUUGCCAAACCGAGACUUGUCUUUUAAGAACAGAUUGGACCAGAGCUCAGCAGUUAAACUAAGAUCACCACUCGAAACAACUUUGCUGCCUCUCAACAAGGAAAAUAAACUGGGAUCCACAACAGAAAAACCAGUUUGUGAGAAAGGCACUUUUGUGAAUGUAAACAGUUCAUACCCUGCAGGUAACAGUGGACUAGAAGCCAUUGGCAAAUCUUUGUCUCGUUCUGCUGGACCCAGGAUAAAAACAGCUCUGUCCAAAGUUUUCAGAAAACCACCCCCAGGUGUAAAAGGUGGAGGAGUUCUUAAGCCACUUAGGAGAAUAACAAGUAAAUUUCCCUGGAGACAAAGAAGAGACAAGAUCCUGAAAGAUACCAAAAUGAGUCAAAGCAACGCUGGCGUUAAAACUGCUGUCUCGUGUGAGGACCUUGAUCAGAGGACUGUGUUUGAGAGUGUCAGACAGAGGCGGUGGCAUAGCACUGAGGCUCUGAUGAACAAGACUGGCAGAUGGUUUGACAGAGAGCAGUCACUGGUUGGAUGGGAAGAAGAGAAAGAAGACAGAGAUGAAGGAACCUCAGAUUGUGAAAGCUUUUUUUCUCUUGAUUCUCUGUCCUCUGCCUACGCAACAGCCCUAGCAGAGCAGCUGAGACUUGAGGAUACAGCUCAGAGUGAAGCAGAGAGUGAAGACAGCGAAAUGUCUAAAGAUUCAUUGACUAUGGAGAACAGUGGAAAGUUCCCAACAGUUCAGAGACGUACACAAACUGUGGUGCCAACUUACUCUCUGGUGACAGAUUUUGCCCUCUCCUCAAUGCAAAACAGUGCAACAGAGACCAGCUUAGCUUUGGACUGCUUGAAGAAACCUCCUGUAACCCCAGCAGAGACGUAUUGGAGCCAGCAAGCCCUGUCAAAGACAAGACAAAUAGACACCACAAGGAAGUCCUAUUUUCAUAGCUCGUUAGUGGCAAAUUCCAGAGGCAUAGACAUUGUACAUAAAUUGACUGAGGACUUUAGCAACAUGCAAACCACUUCGACCUGCAGCCCACGCUCUCUGAGCAGCUGCAGUGUGAGGGAGCCAGAAAAUUUCCUGGCUGUCACUGAUGCCUGGUCCUCCACCGACGCAGCUGAAAGUCCAAGGACUUACAGGGAUUCUCUGCCUUUCCAAAGAAAAAUAAUGUUCAAAUCUGCAGACAGCAGCGGCAGCAGUCCAAGUCCAAUCAGUAUGAAUCUCUCAGACUCACAGAGUGGAUUUAGAAGCUAUAGCUCUACAUCCACCAGUACUGAGGGUGUAAAUAAUACAGUGCAGGAACACAACCUUGAGGCUUCCCGGGAAUCUCAAGCAGAAGAUGUCCUGAAGUCAGAUAACCAGAAGAAUUUAAGAUGUUAUGUGGAACAAUUAGAGCUAUCCAAAAAAAUGACAGAAGCUGCUAUUGAAACUCCAGGUUGCAGCCACCAAAUGCAUCCAGAAUCUGGACCCACUUCAUACCAGACAUCUUCUGUGUCUUCUGAGUCUACAGUUGCACCUAAUAUUGAAGCUGCUGACAUCCCAAUGUCCUCUGAACCUGAAAUCUACACCACAGGCUUUCCACCAGUUGUUCAUUUUCCUACAAAUCCCUGUAAAUAUAGUGAACUGCUGGAUGAAAUGCCAGAUUCUGUGCAUCCUUUCGAAUCCAUUAAAGGGGAAGCACUAGAUGUUGUAACAGGAGAGUUGAGAAAUGCUCAGCACUGUCAUUUAAAGAGUACCGAAGACGUAUAUCUUACAUGGGAUGAAACCAAAAGCACCGAGCAGUCAGUUGCACUGCAGCAGGAAGCUGUUAAAGCAGCUUGUAAAAAUUCCAGGAAGAGGAACAAAGACCAACAGGAUGCUUUUAUGUGUAGCCUGAAAAUUCCAAAAAGGGGUGACAACGGGGAGUUGGUAACUUUCUCCUGUAAACAAGGUGACAGCUUUGAAGAAAUUUGGCCCAGUGACAGUAACAACGCCAGUGACUCUAAAGAGAGACAGCCUGCCGUGGAGCCUGACAGCCGUGAAUUUGAUUCUGUUUGUAUUGAUGGCAGCAAUAGACAAGACUCAAUGUCUUCAGGUGUGUUGCCAGUUUCUGAUGUCAAGAGCUGGGAACUUGAACCAAGCGGUCCUAUCGUUAAGGGCUCUGAGUAUUUGCUUAAACAUGAUAAAAAGAGUUUAAAGAAUGGUAACACUAUUGGAGGUAAUGAGGCAGCUGGAAAUGGAGAUGUAACAGUAAAAGAAGUUACUGAUGAGACAGAAGAGAAAGAACACCAAAUUAUUAACCACAGAAAACACCAAGAAAGUAGAAAAGAGGUACGGAUGUCAGAUGCUAUUUGUAGUGCAAUUGAUCUGAGGAUCUCUGAAGUAGUGAAAGACCAUAUGAAAGUGUCACUGGUUGACAGAAAUAGUGCCAAGAAGAGCAAAAGUCAAAGUCUGAGUGUCUUGUCAUCAUCUCCAAGCCAUUUUAGCUUUAAUAGUGAUGAACAGCUAAGAAAUGAAAAGAAUAAUGAUCUGCAAGAAGGAGCCAAUGUCUGUGGAUUGCCUUCAUUGGGGAUAAAAGAAAGUGUGAUGGUGACAAACAAGGACCUGGCAUCAGAUAUGCCAGAUGAAUUCAGCAUUAGCCAUGAAAGCAGCAUACAUGAAGUAAAAGAAAAUAUUAACAAUGCUCGUAACACGUCAAUCAUCAGUUCUUGUGUUUUUCAAAACUCAUCUACCAAAAAAAACAAUAUCCAAUCAAAUCUAAGUUUGAACAAAGAAUGCGAACAUCCUGGCAGUCCUUCUUUACAACCAUCUUACUCAUACAGAGUUGGAGAUUCCUUUUCACCAAGAAAAUGUGUAGAUUCUCAAGAAAACACAGAAAUAAAGGAUGUAUCCAAACACAAAGUAGUAUCUUCUGUUAAUCUGGACAUCAGUAGUACUUACAUAAAUAAAGAGGACAGUCAGGCCAGUUUCAAUCCAGCUGCUUUGAAAGCUAAUAUUGUCCCUCAACUCUUAACUCGGCACCUAAACCCAAAUCUUGACCAGAUGCCCAGUGAAACACAUUCUACCACUACCUGCACAGUUGUGAGCUAUUCUUUUUCAGAGGAUUCCAGUAUGGAAGCCACAUCCAGUGAUGCCAAAAGGGACAGUUUUUCAUCCAAACAAAGCUCACCAAAGAUGGUUCAUUUCCAAAAUAGUCCUGAAAUAUCUGCAGGUGUUAAGUUAGGAAAUGAUGGAUUACAUCAGUUCAAGGCAGACCAGUGUCACUGCUGCCAGGUCACUCGUACUCCUGUCAAUGAAAGAAAUGCUGAAAUGGGCCCAAGGAUUAAAGGCAAACCAUCUGUCACCACCCAGUAUCAUUUCAGCUGUCAGCAAAUGCAUUCAGAGAACCUGGCUCAGACUUGUGUGGUCAAUAUGAAUUACAAAGACAGUUUUCCGCAGUUAAACUUUGAUGAACGUUGCCAAAGGAACAGAAGUGUGAUGAAAAGUGGCAGAGAUGCUAGGAAUGAUGAGUUCAUGCAACAGGAUCGAGUACACCUGGAAGAGUCAAAAUCUAAAAGUACGUCUGUUUCUGUUGGAGAACAAACAAAUCAGCUAGAAAAUGGCGUUAAAAAUCCAAGUUGUCUUGGUUCUAUUGUGUCCAAAGAGACAAAGAUUAACACAGCUGGUGUUAUGCCAGGUAAUCCUGCUCCUUUGUCUAAGAAAACCAAGAGUAAGAGGACCAGAAAGUCUAACAUCAAAACUCAUCCCACUUCUUCCUCAGACUCCUCUCUUAAAUCAUCAGAUGAGGAUGAGGGGGAAAAAAAACCCACUAGAAUGCUUCACAGCAGGCUGGCGUCUAAAUGGGUUAAACUUCACACUGAGAAUAACGGCAAACAAGAAAUCAGACAAACAAGAAGAAACGAUGCAGAAAAUUGUACUUUAGGGUCUGCGUGCAAAUCUAAAACAAACACCUCUAAUGGGAAAUCUGGUAAAAUUCAGGCUAAACUCUCAAUUUAUUCCCAUGGAAGAAUCUCUUCACCUCCUCAAGCAGCAUCACAAAAGAGAAAUGAUGAAAAAAUCAGCUUGUUUGUAAAGAAAAGUGAAGCACAGCAUACACCAAAAUGUCAGGACUCCCCCAUCCACUUUGCAUCCAGUGACAUCAACCCCUUUGUUCACCAGUGGCAACACAGCGACUCAAACCAGCAGUGCUUUAAGAACCCUGCAUUUGGAAGCGCUGCUGACCUGACCUGUAAAUCUCCGCUUUUAAACAGCUCUGAAAAACGCAUAACAAGAUGUUGCAGUGUUGAUAAUGGGUUGAAUGGGCAAAACUCUCCUUUUAACUCCCACUUGAGCACAUAUGCCACCAACAAGGGGCUCUCCAGUACACUCAGCAGUGUGGAAGAUUAUAAAGUCAAAACAACCUCUCAGGUUACUCACUGUCAACAAGCAUCUGUGGACAUUCACAGUCGCCUCGCUAGUCUGACAGUAAACAGCAGCUCUUCAGGUAAUGAUGUUCCAGGUGGUUUUGCUAACAACUCCAGUCAAGUGGAUGAAAUUAUGUUUGUCUAUUCAUCUGAACAAGAGUCUAAAGCAAGCAGCACACCGGUGCAAAGGAGGACACGUGAGCACAGUACGCAGACUGAGUGUGGGUUUCAGCCAAUCAAUAGUAAAAUCAGCAGCGAGCCAAAGAGGAGAGAUCGUCACAAGAGGAGCAACACUGAUGUUCCAUCAUCCCAGAAAAGCAAAGUGGAUAUGAAAGAAUCUCCAACGUGGGCCAGUAUGGAAAGCAUGUCAGCUCACCUCUCUAAGCUGAUCGACAGCACUUCAGACCUGCUGGGAGACGUCCAGGGAAUGAGAGCAGGUGAAGUACGUAAAUCCAGUCCAAGGAAGAGUAUUAACUUGUCAAAAAGUAAUGUGUCUUGCUGUGAGGCCAGCGACUGCGCAAAAAAAGACUGCUCUACUCAAACAGCCUCAGAUGUUGGAAUCCAAACUGAGGAGCUCGUAGCACCAUCAGAGAGCGAAGUGGCACCCAGAGGAAACACUAAAUCUCACGAAAUCAAUGUCAUAGUAAAAGUGAUUGGAUCUGAGGUUGUGAGUGUCUCUCAACUCGAGAAUGCACACUGUGCAAUGAAAACUAAAACCUCCACAGACAAAAAGAUGCAAAGCACACCUGACCUGAGCUUUAACAGCUCUGCUGUCUCUCAGUCAGAAAUUAACCUUCUUGAAUCACCUUGUGCAAAGGCUGCAGUUGAUUGCCAGAGGCGUGUGAGAUCUGCCUCAGCUCGAGUCUCAAAGCACCACACUACAGAGGCACUAAGCAACCGAAGUGUUGCAAUGUCUGAAAUUAUUCCCAGGUCAUCAAAAAAGUGCUGUCAGGAAAAUCACAGCCCUUCUUUAACAAACCGUCCUUCUGCUGCCUACACAGACCGUGCAUCAUCCCCCAUCCUUACUGUGGGAACAAGAAUACAUAGCAGGCAGAGAGGAAAACAGUCAACAAUCUGUCCUCAAAAAUAUAAGGAUCAGAAAACAAAUCAACCAUCUGAGGAUGACCACCUCACCAUACUGUCUGUUUCAGGUGUGAGUCAAAGUCCCACUAAGGAUUGUGAUGUUUCCUCCACAAAAUCAGAAACUGUAUCACUUGAGAGUGUGAGUGAAACGAGUUGCUUGAGUCAUAAAGAAUCAGAAAAGUGCCCUUCAAACCCUGGAUCAUCACUGCAUAGAUAUACAGACUCUGAAAAGAGAAUUGUAAGCUACAAAGAUGACAACCACCAGCCCAGCUCCAAAUGGCAUCAGUGGGCAACCUCAGCGGAUGGUUUCGUGUUGCAGAAGCACAUUUCACCCGUGCCGAAACUAAAUGAUCCACACAAACAGCAAGCUUCAGCUUUUACAGUUGAAUCUGGAGAUUUGUGCAUCAUUUCCUGUAGUCAGUCUCCAAUCAGAGACAAGAGUGACCAACUUAAAGAGGAUGACAUCAUGUCACUAGUGCCUAGUGAGUGCAACACAGAAGUUCUUGUUAACAUGGAACCUGCCACCAGUUCGUUUCCUUGUCAAGAUCAUCAGAGAGUUCCUGAGGACCUGCCCAUGCACAACAAGUUCACCAACUGGUCGGGCGUCAAUCAACAACCAAAAUCUUCAAACAAACUGACGACCUUGCUCAGCAGUGACAGCAGAAACUGUGCUGAGUGGGGUGAGAUGGAGAGUGUUGGUUUAAAUGUGGAAGUGCAGAGUGAUAGAAGAGCUCAAGAGAUCAUGAAGCUGCGACAGGAGAGAGAGCAGGUGAUGGCGACCGUCAGCCUCAGUGCAAAUCCAACUCCUUUGACUGUGGAGCUGACGGAGGCUAAGCUCCAUUAUGGUCUGGGAGAGACGGAUGCCCUGUUGAAGAUUUUGUCUCCAAGGUCCAAAGAAGAGCUGCAGCCACUGACCUCUGCUCCCACUAAACAGGAGCUGUUUGAUAGGCACCGUAGGAGCAUUCAGGGGUUGAGGCUGGAGAGGGAGGAGCGCCUUCAGACAUAUCGACGAGCUCGUAGUCUGAGUCCCAGCAAGCAUCCAGCCUCCUCUCCUCAAGAGGCUGUGUCAUCCUCCAAGGUGCCUGCUGCUAUGCCCAGUCGGCGCAAGGAAUAUCUUCAGCGGCUCCGCCAAGAGGUGAUAGAGAGCACCAGAUUACCAGAUCCUCCAAGAGGAGAGGGACAGUAUCCAUCUGACAUAGAGCAGCUGCUGCGUGACUACGGUCGAGCCAGGGAGGAAGCCAGGACAGAGAUUGCUAAGGCACGAGAACGACUGCGAGAGAGGACAGAGCUGGAGAAGAGGAGGCUACAGCAACAGGCCAUCACUCAUGAAAUUAAGGAUGACCCAAAACAUCGGACAAGAAUCAGCAACAGCACUUUAUGCACAGGAUCCACCCUAAGUCUGUCCUCUGGACCAACAUCAGGAUAUAACAGUGGGAACACUGCUCAACUCCAGCACAGCAGCAAACCAGUAUUAACUGGACAGAUCAAAGGGAUCCAGGACGAAAGGCAGACGCUAAAGAUACGCCCUCCUAUAUGUGGUCCUCAGAGUGUGAAGACACAGCGAGCCUGGAUGUCAGCCCACGGUAACAGCAAGACUAGAACUCACAAAAACUCAGUACCAAAUGUCCAUCUUGAACCAGCUAUCAGUGGGUUUGAGCCACUGAUGACUUCAUCUCCAUCACCGACAGCAUGUGCACGUCAGCGCUCUGCCUCCUUUGGCUCCUCUUCAUCUAUAUCUUCAAGCUAUCAGGACAUCACAUCCAGUCUCCUCAGUCAAGCUUUGGCUGAAGUCCGAUUAGCUUCUUAUGGGGAUUUGGACAACCUGGUGAUGGGCAAAGCUACAGCAGGCUGGAGGUACCAAGGAAAAGAGCGAGGGAUUCAGGCAUUCUACAAGCCUUCAUCCAGCCCAUCUGUCCACAGUUUUCUAGGAGCUGGGGAGCUGCACAGAUCCCUGGACAGUCUGUGGAAUAUAAUCCGUCAGCUGUCUAAGAGCCACAUGUACAAUCAGUCGGUCCGUUCUGUGUGGACACGACCACUAGAUGACAGCACUCAGCUGGUUUACAUACUAACGAAUCCGUCCACCUGUCACCUCAGCCAGCCGCGGGACUUCUGCUGCAUCAGCACCGAGUCUAAGCAGGGUGGUCUGUACGUGCUGGCAAUGCAGUCUGUGUUUGAGGAGUCUCUGCCUCGGCCCAGUGUAGACGCCAUCAGGGGGGAGAUGAUGCCCAGUUGCUGGAUCCUACAGCCAGUUAGGCAGAAAGGACAGGAAGUCACUAAAGUCAUUUACCUGCUACAGCUGGACCUUGGAACGCCAUCAUUUCCUCAUCGACUUCUAAACACUGUUGCCAGGAGACAGGCAGCUGUCAUCGCAGACCUGGAGGUUUUUCUUGCUUCAUAAAUCUGCACUUGGAUUUUCUCCAACUUGGAGUUAGUCUUUUUGAAUUUGCACCUAAAUUUUAUUUACUUGACUUUUUUUUUAACUAGAAGGGCACUGUUAUAUUUGUAUGCAAACACAAAGUUAAAAGCAACUUUUUUGUAUGGAUUUUUUUUUAUUGUUAUAAAAUAUUGAAAUAUUUAUAGUUGUACAUGAGCGCUUGUAGCAGUGUGUUUUACCAAAGAUUCAUCGAAAGAUUUAGCUGCAGAUUUGGAAACUGCAUUUAGGUUUAAACCGUUUUGAGGGGCUGCCAUGUGUCUUUGGUUCAAUCGAAAUUACACUAAUUUUAAUGUACAUUAAUUAUUACUUGGAAUGUUUUUAUCUAUUACAGAUAAGGGUGUUUCUUUGUUGUUUUAGAUGUACACACACACAUUCCAGCACAUCCACAUAUGCAUGCAUUAUAAAUAAUACAUAAGAGAAAAUGUACAAACUAAUCAUUUAAUCUUUAACCUCAAUUAAAAAAUAGAUUUAAAAUGUUCUGCAGACGUUUUCCAGCAGAAGUUUGAAAAUGCAUGUAAGCUAUAUAUUUGAUAAUAGUCAUUUAUUUAAAAUUCAUACACGCAAUCUGGAGGAUUAAAAUGUAAUGUGUGCUUAGCUGUGAAGAGUAUAAAUGUUAAUCAGCUCUCUAUCAGCAGAAACUAUAUUUUUCUAAGAAGUAAAACUCAGAGAUAAAAUGUUUGAAACCAUUUUGUAAGUUAAAGGAUGAGUGGGGAAAAAGAUGAAGGUUUUUGCCUUAGUGGAGUUUGUAGCCUCAACUAAGAGGUGUGGAUAAAACCCACCAGCUCCAAUGGUCUUACAGAUUUAUGGUACAGCAUGAGCUGAGUUUAAAGAGUUUUUAUUUUCCAUUCAAUUCAGGCCUUGUAUUUAUUUCCAUUCCUCUUGCCUUGUGUUUAAAAUACUGUUGAAUGUGUUCCACUGUUGUGAUUGUGUUGUAUAAGCAAAGCACUGUGCUGUGUUUACAGCUGCUUGCACAGAACUUUUUUAUGCAUUUGUUACAGACUAAAAAGUGACUGUUGUUGUUUGUACAGUUUUUAAGCUAUGCAGAGGCUGAUCAAAGACAGGAGCACUCUCAGUCAAAGCUGGCUCACCUGUAUCCACAUACGAAGCCAUAUUAUUUACACUAGUGGCAUGUUCAGGAACGUCUCUUGGCUCUGCAGCUGCAGCGCUGAGGUUGUGACUCAACAGACCAGGAAGAACCAAAGCGAGGCGAGUGAAGUAAAGAAAUGUGGUGAAAGCUGUUUGUACUGAUUUUCUUUUAUGUAUAUCUAUAUAUUUUUUAAAAUAUGCAUGUAAAAAGUUCUUAUUUAUAUUCGGAGUGUGUUGUUGUACAUUAUAUUAUACAAAUGUCUUCUUGUUAAUUAGCUGUUAUUAGCUUUUAUGUGGACAUUUUUUUAAGAAAAUAAAUAUUU